AUGUUUAAAGGCCUUGAACAUGAAGGAGCUAUCGUCGGCUGGUCAAGAAGGAAAUAUUUCCGGGAAUCCGAAGAAUGGCGAAAAAAGAAAACUCGACUUCUCAUGAAAUUGAGAGCAAUAGGACGACUAAAUCUAGCAUUUAUUAUGGCACGAGCACCGGCAAUCGAAAAACUCCCUGACCGAGUACUGCAACACAUUUUCUCCUAUUUAUCUCCAAUCCAGAUUCUUCGCGUUGGACAAGUAUGCCGCAAAUGGAAAGACAUAGCAAACAGUCCUUCAUUAUGGCAGUUUAUUUCUUUUAGACCCAAUUAUGGUGGCUUACAGGUAACAAACCAAGAAAUUUUUCUUCACUUACUUGGCACACGUUUUACUGAUUUACGAGUGAUUGAACUGGCAACUGAUUUAAUUACUCCAACCGUCUUACAUGAACUUUCAGCUAAAUGUCCAGCAUUACAAUCGCUCACUUUAGAUUUUUCAACAGCAAUGCAAUUACAUGAUUUCACUGAAUUGCAAAGCUUUCCCAGCCGUUUGAAUUCAUUAACAAUUUGUUUGAGCGAAAAUAUCUUUUUGGAAGGAUUUCUAAGGAAAGUUUAUACUUUUAUUUCAUCAAUGGAAGUUCUCCAUAUAAUAGGGACUUAUGAAAAGGUUGAAGAUGAAGAGGAAGAAGUUUAUGAAACUGUCAAUGUAUAUAAAUUAAAACAAUAUAUUCCAAACGUUCGAGUUGUAAACUUAUGGGGUGUGCCUUUUAUAACUGAUGAACAUGUUGACGCAAUAUCAUCGAACUGUGCUCAUUUAGAAUGUCUUUCGAUAAACUACUGUACAAAAGUUACGGGUUCUUGCUUGAAACUUGUUCUUCAACGAUGUAAAAAACUGAGGAGUCUCCAUUUGGCACAUGCUUCUCUCGACGAUAAACUAGUACAAAACGUCGAUUGGGAAAAGACUCGAAUUGAAGAACUCAAUAUUUGUGGAACUGAACUUUCAUCUGAUUCUUUGAUCAUUAUCCUUACUAGGUUGAAAAAUUUGCGAUGGUUGAAUGCAUCAUGGCUUGAACAAAUGGAUGACAAGGUAAUGGAAGCAUGGAUGGCUUCUGAUGCUAUUGCUAAUAUUCAAUAUCUAAAUUUGGAUACAUGUGAUUCUUUAACCGAAACAUCACUUACCGAUUUCAUAACAAGGUUUGGUCAACAGAUCCUUGGCCUUAAUCUUGGCGGCCAUCACAAACUACUUGAAUAUUUUUGGAUGAAUAUGAUUCCAAAGUUACGCAAUAUAAAAGUGCUGGUGAUGGGUACUGCAGAAGAUUGUUGCCUAAAGGUUAUUGCAAAAAUUCAUAUCGAUCAGUUUAUUGACUGCAUUGCUCAAAACUGUUUUCGCUUGCGUAGGUUGGAGAUUAGAUGGGAUGAUGAAACGCUUCGAUUUAGCGAUAAAUCAAGCAAAUUUAUCGAUAUAUUACGAUUGAAAUGUCUCAAAUUGCAUUCUUUGGUACUUUCUGAUGGGCAAUAUUACGAACUUGUUCGUUCCAAUUUUGAAAGAGCUGACCGAAUGUCUGUUGUCAGGACAACUGAAAUGUGCCGCACGGGCCUAAUGCAUUGUUCGCAUUACUACAGUCAAUUACUCUUCAAUUAA